AUGUCGAAGCGAAUGUCCACAGUGCCCAACCUCGAUCUGAGCUCGUGCAAGACCGACUCGAAGAAGGAUAAAGCCUCAUCGCCUGUGACGCCAUGUGACCGUAGUUCAGACGGACCAAGCCCCUUAACACCGCGUUCGCCCAAGUCUACAUCGAGCUCUCCACUCUUCAAAGGCGCAACAAUUCGCCCUGUCGCGCAGGACUCCGACAAUAAGGCAACCAGCCCUAUUCUCCCACAUACUCCUGGCAUAGAGCCUCCGACACCCGGAUUCACAGCGAUUCCUCAACAUUUCCCUUCUCCCAAAGACUCAAGGCAUACGCGCGAUGCCUCGAAAUCAUUUUUCGGCAACCUCAAAGCACCGAAACCAUCCCACAAGUCACAACAUUCAGAUAGCUCGGAGAACUCCACCGAACAUCCCAAGAGUAGAGGCAGCUCCAGAGAACGGAAGAUGCCAAUGGCUUCCAAACAGUACGAGUCAACGCCUGACCUUCUAGGGGCACCUGCCCGUACGAAUGGAACCGAAAGGACUAACGGACUCUCAGGCCAAAAUGAUUCGCAGCAAACAGGCGCCAAGAAAGUCGGUACGGAUUUAGAGUCCACCGCGCCGAAGAAAAACAAACAACGAUUUGCAAACCUUUUGACCCGAUCUCGCUCUAUUCGAGUUGACGACUCCUCCGGACCCAGACCACCCCGCCGGCGCCCCUCUACUGGUCUUGCGAAACUCGAAGAGUUCAGUCAAGGCGCAACGACGACCGCGAAUCCACCCCGUUGCGCGACUGCGCGACCCGAACGUGGAGGCUUGCAGCCUCCCGAGCGCCAAGCCGACACCACCUCUUUGCGAAAAGAGCGUAGCCACGGUAAUAUGGUCGCGUCGGGUUCGUUGAGUCAAGUUUCCGGCGCCUCGGCUGCCAUUUUCAACAAUCUGAAGUCUUCAUCAAGCGGCACUGCAGAUCGUAUUGGCAAGGCCGGGAAAGGAUUCUUUAGCAAGAUCACCCGUAGCGGCAGCACGAAUGAGAGAGAUAUGAUCACCGAUGAUUCGUACACGUGCUCAGUGAUCAACCUACCGCUCAUUGAGCAGGCGAGAAAGACUCGCAUUGCGAAGAAGCUCGAAGACUGCCGAGACAAGACCGAGUUCUGGAUGCCUGCCUUGCCAUACCGCUCAAUUGAUUAUCUAAACUUCAAGGGUUGCGAGGAAGAGGGCCUUUACCGUGUUCCCGGUAGUGGCAGGGAGGUCAAGCACUGGCAAAGAAGAUUUGACACAGAACUCGACAUCGAUCUCUUCGAAGCCCCUAAUCUAUAUGACAUUAAUACGGUCGGAUCCCUCUUCAAAGCUUGGCUUCGUGAGCUUCCAGAUGAGCUUUUCCCCAAGUCAACGCAAACGAUGAUUGCUAUGAAGUGCGAAGGUGCCAAGACCGCACCACAGCUACUCAAAGACGAGCUCUCCAAGUUACCGCCUUACCAUUACUAUCUCCUCUUCGCCAUCACCUGCCACCUCAACCUCCUUCACUCGUACGUGGACCAGAACAAAAUGGACUACCGCAACUUGUGCAUCUGCUUCCAGCCCUGCAUGAAGAUCGACGCAUUCUGUUUCCAAUUCUUAGUAUGUGACUGGAAGAACUGCUGGCAGGGUUGCUGGACCGAGAAGGAAUACCUUGAACUUGAGAAAAAGAUGGACGAGCGCGACCUGCGAGUCUCAGAAGAGCAGGAGGCCGCCAAGGCGAAGGAGCGGGCCUCUGGCAGCCACGAACGCGCAGUCUCGUCUUCCAGCAGCAGCGCUGGGGAAGAAGCUCGUCAGCCUCUUCGUCAGCCCUUGCGCCAGCCUGCUCGUGAAACAUCCCGUGAACCAUCUCGUGAGCCACCCCGCCCAGAAACUGCUCGCCCCGAAACCGCUCGCCCAGCAAUGGCUCGCCCAGAAAUUGUUCGCCCAUCCACUGCUCGCACCCGAAAGGCCCCGCCGAAGAAUAUCGAGACGGGACACACCCGGAGCAUCUCCCAGCUUCCCGAGCUUGGCCCGCCGCUCUCUCCUAUCAAAAUUUAA